UCUUGUGCUUCAGCAGCGGCACGUUCACCACGCUCUCCAGGGUUUUAAAGGGUCCGUUUUUAGUCCUGUACUCCACCAGGUUGAGCGACUUGCGGCCUCUGAGGAGCUUCACGCCCGCCAGCUCUGCCGGCUCGGCGGUGUUGAGCAGCUGGAGGAUGGCGGCCCGUUGCUCGGAGGUGUAGCAGGCAUCCAGGGAUCUGUUGUCCUCCUUGCAGGGCUCAGAAGUGGAGGAGAUGGCGGCGUUCAGGGUCUCGAAGCCGGCCACGGGAACCCGGCUCCGCCAGCAACACGUGCACUGGAGAUACCGCAGCUCUAGGUCUGGGAGGCAACCGUGCUGAGGGCGACGGAACAAGCCUGAAUGUCCUGCAUACUGACCUGCAGGGGAAUACAAGAGGGAGCCGACUGGUCAUUUCAGGUGGAAUAAAACCUGUUACACGGCGGGCUCUCCACAUUCGUUUUAACCGACCGGCGUCAAACCGCAACACCACUGCAAUGGUUCCGGUGUCAUGUGGAAGUCUGUGUGUUUCCCUCCUGAUAAAGAAAUAGCGCCCUCGAGUGGAAUAAAGGAACAAUGAACUUCAUGAUGCUGUGCUGGUAAGAGGAAAUGCUGGGCCACUGGCCAGUGAGAAGAAGUGAUGCUUUUCACCUGCUACGGAGCGGAGCAGCACUCUACCAUUCAUGUGUGCAGUCAGUAUGGAGUUAAUACCUAGUUGCUCUUUAAUUGGGACUCGACAGUCAAUCUGAGCGAAGCAAACCACCUUCACCUAUGGCCAGUCUGGACAGAAAUAACAAAAUCCUGCUCGGUUUGGUGCGACAGCAGGAACAGGGAAACAACAUGUGUGCUGACUGUGGAGUUCCUGAGCCUGACUGGGCCUCCUACACUCUUGGUAUCUUUGUGUGCCUGAAUUGCUCGGGGAUUCAUCGUAAUUUGGCUGGUGUCAGCAAAGUGAAAUCCUUACGUCUGGAUCUCUGGGAUGAUUCCCUCGUACAGUUCAUGCGGGAGAGGGGAAAUUCUGCAGCCAAGGCCCUUUAUGAGAAGUGUGUCCCUGCCUUCUUCUAUCAGCCGCAACAUAAAGACUGCAUUGUUCUUAAGGAUCAAUGGAUCCGUGCAAAGUAUGAAAGAAGAGAAUUCACAGGAGAAAACAACAAGCAAGCGUAUUGCUCAGACCAGUUUGAGUCAACACUAUGGAAGAAGGGCAAAGACAACAAACAGUUUUUAAAGAGGAUCUUCCUGCUGUCCCGGAAAGACUUCACCCUCCGAUACUUUAUUAAAGAGGACUCCAAGUUUCCCAAAGCCGUCAUCUCCAUGAAGGAUCUUAACGCAGUCUUCCAGCCAGAGAAGAUCAGUCACGCUCACGGUCUGCAAAUCUCCUACGUGCACGACAAACACACAAGGAAUCUGUUUGUUUAUCACGAGAAAGGACAGGUAAUUGUAUCCUUGUUCAAUGCUAUUCGGGCAACGCGCCUGGCUUACCUCCAGAAGAAACAUCCCACUCUUCGAGACAAUGACUUAAUACCUCACCUAACGGGACAUUGCCUGAAGGAGGGGUACAUGGAGAAAACUGGCCCAACGCAUCGAGAGCCAUUUAAGAAGAGGUGGUUCACACUGUGCUCAAUGAACAGAAAGCUUCUAUAUUUUAAAAGUCCACUGGAUGCCACUGAGUUGGGUGCGGUCUUCAUUGGCACGGAGGGCCAUAGCUACUCCGCUUCAGAGAGCAGCGGGCGGUGCGCGAGAGGAGGCCGGUGGCACUGCGGCGUCACGCUGCACACACCGGACAGGGAGUUUGUUUUUAUGUGCGAGCAGGAGCAGCAACAGAAGGAGUGGUUGGAGGCCUUCAGAAAGGUCAUCUCUCAACCUAUGACACCAGAGGACUACGCGAACGAAGCCAACAUGACAAGGGGGAAAUGACUGGAGCAGUUCUACCUGUUGGUUUGCAGGAGUUCAGGAUGCAAUAAGUAUAAUUUUGGGACAUAACAGACUGAAAGCUUCUGCUUCCAAAAGAUACCCCUGAACCUGUCAGUGAGGAAAAACGUUGGAGACAAACUCACUUUUAAUGACACAACUGCACGGACUGCGUCAGUGAUGACGCCUUGAGAAGUUGCCGCUCAGAGGCUUGAAUUUAUUGCAUUGUCGUUGCCAGAAUAACAUCAAGUCAUCCUUUGCAAAACUACACUGGAACCAAAUGUUGUAUUUAUUAAAAAACAAGGCGAGAAUAAGUUUGAAUGUAUAAUUGUUCUGUUGUUAUUUUGUAUUUUAUAUUUCACUCAAUUUGCACAUUUUGAAAAGAUAAGUUUCAUUUUUUUUCACACUGAUUUUAAUUGUCUAUUACGUUUCAUGAAAGCUUUUCAUAAUGUCUAAUAAAUUGUAUACAGUUUAUUCCUGCUUUUAUGAAUUCUAGAGGUGUAUAUAUUCCUCUUCAGUAACAAAGAUACAGAUGACAGUUGAUUAUAUCAGGCCUUUUUAAGACCUUUAUUAUUCACGUUUAUAGUGUGCAUGUGGUGCAAUUAUGCAAAUAAAUGUGUGCUUAUUACAGACACUAAGCUAAACUUAUGGUUUCUGCCGUUGGUUUUCUUUCUUUUGGGAGAAAAAGUAAGAGGUCUCACUCUACG